AUGUUUUCAUCAAUGUUAAAUCAAUUUAAUUUCUUAUCAACAAACAAAGAUUCUCAAAUGACAACAAAAUCUAAGCCAGAAACACCAUUUGGUAAACAAUUUAGAGAAAAAUAUUUUUCAAAUCAAGAUCCAGAAGUAUUAUUAUUAAAUAAUGGAAGUUAUGGAACAGUACCUUCACCAAUUCAUAAUAAAUUUGUUGAAUCAAUGUUAAAUACUUCUUCAUAUCCUGAUUUACAUAUGAAAUAUAAUUUAAAAGAUACAUAUAUUGAAAGUUUAAAGGUCAUUGGUAAAGUCCUUAAUUGUGAUUAUCAUAAUUUAGCAAUUGUUGAAAAUGCAACUACUGGAAUAAAUACAGUUUUAAGAAGUUAUCCUUUUAAAAAGGGAGAUUCUUUAGUUAUACAAAGUACUGUUUAUGGUGCUUGUGGUAAUACUGUUAAAUUUCUUAAAGAUAAUUAUGAUAUUGAUUUUCAUGUAGUUGAAAUAAAUUAUCCUACAACUGAUGCUGAAAUUUUGGCAAAAUUUGAAAAAGUAUUUAAAGAAGUUAAACCAAAAUUAUGUAUGUUUGAUACAGUUACAUCAAUGCCUGGAGUCAUUUUUCCACAUGAACAAAUGAUUAAACUUUGUGAUAAAUAUAAAAUUUUAUCUUUGGUUGAUGGAGCUCAUGGUAUUGGAUGUAUUCCUCAAAAUUUAUCUAAAUUAAAACCAAGUUUUUAUGUUUCAAAUUUACAUAAAUGGUUUUAUGUUCCAUUUGGAUGUGCUGUUUUAUAUAUUGAUCCAAAAUAUCAAAAAGGUAUUCAUACAUUACCAAUUAGUCAUUCAUAUUUAAAAAGUGAUACUAUUUUAAGUGAAGAAGAUGAAAAAAAUAGAAUGAUUGAAAGAUUUUGGUUUAUUGGUACUAAAAAUUUUGCAUCAGUAGCAACUAUUCCAGAUGCUUAUAAAUUUAGAAAUGAAAUAUGUGGAGGUGAAGAAACAAUAUAUGAAUAUUGUCAUAAUUUAGCUGUUCAGGCUGGUGAUUUAGUUAGUAAAAAAUGGGGUACAUUUGUAUUAGAUCAACCAAAUAAAACUCAAAUUAGUACAAUGGUUACAAUUGCUGUACCAACAGAUAAAUAUCCUGAAUUUGUUAAAAAUUGGUCAAAAUAUGAUAAUUUAGUUUAUAAAAAAUGUUUUGAUAAAAAAGCUUAUAUUCCAUGUGCAAGUCAUAAUGGUAAAUUAUUUGCUAGAUUAUCUGCUCAAGUUUAUAAUGAGUUAAAUGAUUAUGAUUUGGGUAGUGAUAUUUUAAUUCAAGCUUUAGACGAAGUUGCAAAAGAAAAUGAUUUACUAGUUUGA